GUUGGUUCCUUGGUUGGGCUUCAGCCUCAUGACUCACAUGAUCCUCCUUAUUCGACGAGAGAAAUGUUACUUAAUGGGGUAUUGGAGGAAGUUUCUAUACUUUUCUAUAUAAAUUGCUCGCCUUGUCCACAUUAUCCUUUCGCCAUAUAUAGGCAACUGACUCUUAGCUUUUAUCCAACCUCCUGUGUUAUCGUUGCCAUGAACAAUCACUCUGCAAAGGACCCCCAACGAGAGGGAAGCCAUCAAAAUCAAGAUCAUAGAAGAAUGCAUAUUACUGAUCGCCCCCCACGACAUCAGGUCACUCACCGAGUGUAUAACCGACUCCCGGGAUCUAUUCCAAGUGCCCCAUUAGUAUGGGAACACAGUGAAGAUUCGUCCUCUGCUCAGGGCCGGAGUUCUUCAGCCGGCCUAUCUCAAAGACAGGCCAAUGACCGUAUCGAAGAAUGGAUGGAGAGAAUGAAUACGAAUGAACCAAAAACUAGCUCCAGAAAGGCUAGUACCACGACUACUGCAGCUGCAGGGAUGAAUCCAUUCUCCUUCAACGGAGUAAACCCGAACACGGCGACCCCAAGCGUAGUCGAGAGCCAUUACAGUGGAGAGAGUUUACCGAGUAGACCGACGUCCGUGUGCCCGCCUCCUGUUUUGCGAAGGCCCGCAGGUCAAGAGCCUGUGGUGCUCCUUCCGCCUGGUUUUGUCCCACCCGAGAGACGGGCGGAGCGAGAACGCGCAAACCAAGUGAUUGUGGUAGAAAACUCGGAAAGGCGCCGCCGUCGUCGGAGAGAAAGAGAUGGAGAUCGACGACGACAUCACUAAGCAUGUAGCCGUGUGCGAUAUCCGGUCGAGAGACUAGUGGGAGGAGGGAGGGUUAACGAGCGAGCGCGCAUGACUUUCUGGGUUAAGUGAAGGAUAUGAUUUCUGGCGCCACGACUUUUGAAAUGCGGAGUGGAAAAAUGAGUAAUUUAGUUCAUCAUUA